AUGUCCCAGACUUCAACGCAGCCGCCAGCUAUCGCCGAUGGCACCAACUUCUUUAGUGUGGAACAGUGGGCUCCGUCGCAUGGGUAUCACGACUCGAUGGCGUCGUUGUUGAACUAUAUCCAAACCAAGCAGUUGAGUCCCACCAAAUCAGUUCGACAAGCAGCACCACAACCACUACAAAGGCAGAGGCAUGCGUCGAAACCCAAGACCACAUCGCAGAAACAACCUUCACGAUCGAGGCUCCUCACGACCUCGAAACCCCCACACAGGCCGUCCCGACCAAAGGCCAACACAUCGUGCCGUCGAACCUCCAUGACAGUGGUAAACCGCCCACGCAUCCUCGACAAGCCCGAGAUCCAAGCUCUGCGCCACGACCUCAACCACACACGCUGCCAUGGCAUAACCACCUCCACCACUACCAACACCACUACCAGCCUCAUGGCAGCCCGCGACCUGCACGCCGCCAUCGAAAGCCGAGACUUGGGCACCGUGUACGCCAUGCUGCGCUCCGGCGUCGACCCGAACCUAUCGCGGGGCGGCGUGAUCGUGACCAGCGCCUCGGGCCGGCCGUCGACCCCGACACCACGACGCCCAACAGCAGCAGCAGCAGCGACAUCAACAACAGGCGUGGUGGGCGUGACGCCGCUCCACCGGGCCUUCUCGGUCGGGUGUCUCGAGGCGGCCAUGUUCCUGGUGCUGGCGGGCGCGGACCUCGAGGCCAGCAACGCGGCGGGCGAGACGGCCGUGGUGCGCGCCGUGCGCUGCGAGUUUUCCGACGACUUUGUCGCGCUGUGCUGCGAGCUGGGCGCCGUCGUCGACGCGGCCGACCGCUCCGGCCGCUCCGCCCUGCACUACGCCGCCGGCCUCGUGCACCCCGACGUCAGCUGCCGCACCGUCCUGGCCCUGGCUGCCCACGGCGCCGACCUGGAUGCCAGGGACGCCGAGGGCAGGGCCGAGGUGGUGCUGCAGCUGGUGCGCCGCGGGGCCGACGUCGAGGCUGCGCUCCCUGGCGGUGCGACGCCCCUGCACCUUGCUGUUCUUCGGCGGAACGCGCAGAUAGUGAGGCUGUUGUGUGAGCACGGCGUCGAUGUCAACGGGCGAGGGGGCGUUGGUGGGAGUGGCGGGGGUUCAGGGGGUGAUUCCAAGGGGCCGACGCCGAAAACACCCCUUGUAUACGCUAUCGAAACAGGAUGCACUGAAAUCGUACGGAUCCUGCUGAAACACGGCGCCGAUGUCAACAUGCGCAGUAACAGCAGCGGCAACGAAACCGACGGCAGCGCCACAGUCCGCAACCCGAGCAACAGCAGCACCGCCAGCAAAGGCGGCACCUCCACACCAACCAACAGACCAAAGCCUGCAUCGCAGGCCGGCUCCUUCCCCCUCCUCGCCGCAGCACGCCUGGGCAACGCCACCGUGGUCGACCUGCUGCUCGCACAGGCCGCGGACCUGGGCCUGGCCGACGCGGACGGGCAAACGGCCCUGCACGCGGCGGCGGCGCACAACCACAUGGCCGUGGUGAAGCGGCUGGUGGCGGCGGGCGCGGCGGUGGGGGCGCUGCGCGCCGACGGAGCCACGCCGCUGCUGCUCGCCGUGCGGGCCGGCCACGAGGCGGUCGCGCGGUACCUCCUCCUGGGACCGGUGCCCGCGCCCGCGGAAAGCCCGGCGGACGAGGUUGACGCCUCCUGUGCCCCGGGGCCGACGGCGCUGUGGCACGCCGUGGACCGCGGGCACCACGAAAUGGCCAAGCUGCUCAUUGUGGACAGGGGCGCGGAUCCGUUGAGGGUCGUGGAUGCGUGGGGGUCCACGCCGUUGCACCAUGCGGCCAAGAAGGGGUUGGACGGGCUCGUGGAGCUCGUUCUUGACCGGAUGGCGGAGGGUCAUGGCGGGGGCGGGGAGAAACCGCGGGUGGUGGCGUUUGAUGCAGAAGUUUGUGUUGAUGGUAGUCGUCGCGGCGAUUCCACACCCUCGUCGGGGAAUGAGACAAAGGUCAAAGAGGUCAAGUCUUCAAUGGGUCAACAGAAACCCACUUCCAGGCCGAAACAGGAGCGCAAUUCAAGAAUAUGGGAUAUAGGAGACGCGAAGAAAACUACGAAAGCGAGCACAGCAGCAGAAGAACCCGUGAAACCAAACCCAAUAACCUCCACAACAACGACUACAGAAGCGCAAACAUCCAAGCUGUACGCAUCCCUCCUCCUCGCCGCAGCAGAAGGCGGAAACCUCUCGACGCUCAAGCUAGUCCUCGCCCGCCGCGGCCCAGCCUUCGCACUGACAGACCUACAGAGCGCCCAAAACGCCAUUGGAGACGGGAUCCUAGCCGUGGCGACGGCGCAUCCCGAGGUGCUGCGGUUCCUGCUCAGCUUCAAGACUCCCGACGACGGGGCUGUCACCGGGGCCAGCGGCAGCAGCAGCAUAUGGGCGGCAAUACUGGGGCGGCCACGCCGACCCCUCCUGGACGUCAAUCACGGCAACCGGCACGGGGCCACGGCUCUGCACUACGCGGCACUCCGGGGUCACAUCGAGGGCGCGCGGGUGCUGCUACAAAAGGGGGCCAGGCAGUCGGUGGUGACGGUGGAAAUCUACGACGGCGGCCUGGACGACUAUGCAGACAAGAGGGAUUACAAGCAGGGUACCCCUGCGGGUCUGGCAAGGCAGAAAGGAUUCGACACCCUGGCCGUCAUGGUUGACAAAUGGAGGUGA